AUGUCGUCUGAUGCUAUGGGAAAGAAAGAAAAAGGGGAAUCCAGCGGCCUAACGAGCUUGAAAGUUCCCCUUUUUCGUCGGCGCGCAAAGUCAGAUAGCAAUAUCCACGAGCUCAGCGAGUCGCAGGACCAAACUCCCAACCGCUCGCGAUCAAAUUCCACUGCCGAUAAGGAUGGGAACGAGGUCGUUUCCAUUCCCUUUGGAGGGAAGAAGCCCAACUUCGUCAAACGAAAGUCUGGGAAGGAAGCCGUUCGCAGUAUGAUUGAGAAGGUAACGCGGUUCUCGGAUGACAUCGCCGCAAUGGCCAUCGAUAUCAAGGAGGACACCAUGGACAUAUCGAAGACGGUCGUCGAAGAACGUGGCUUCAAGCGCCAGAAGAGAUUAUGCAAAGACUGCUCUAAGAUGAACUUUGAGGAAUGUCUUCCUGGCGAUGGACUUACACCGGGCCGAGAGAUAUACGAAUACGUUCGACCACUUGAGCGAAUUAUUUUGCGACGCGAAUGGUGUAUAUUUUGUCGUCUUAUCUUCCAGGUCCUGUGUCGUGAAGAGAAUGACCCUUUGCUCCAUGACCACGUACAAGACUACAUUCAGACCAGUCUCAAGGGAGUAUCGUUUGGCGAUUGGGUUGCAAAGGCGACCCUGCUGAAAAGAAUGUUCAACAGCGAAGCAGUUUGGCCCUUUGGACUCAGCCGGGAAGUACCUGACGGCGAAGCCGAAGUACAGAAAUUGUUCCACCCUGUUAAUAAGAACGACGAGUCGGCAUUGAACGCAACCAGUCCGAUCAUGGCCAAAAGCUCUCCGCUUUUAGAUGAUAUUCCAGAUAAGUUCCUUCUUGGUGCUUUGGCGGCGGCGAAGAUCACAAUAUUUGGAGGCGCAGGUAUGAGGGAGAGAGAUAUGAGGAUACUUGAAGGAGUGGACGGAGCGUUGACAGCUGCAACGAUUUUCUCCGGAAACAAAAGGAAGCGACUACCUUGCUGGGUAUUAAUCAAGUUGCAUACACGAGCCAGUAGUGAAGCUGGGCUAAUUGCAGUCCAUGUCGCUGCACACAACCGGGAGCUCUUGUCGCCGCUUGCUGAAAUAAGCAGGUUUCAUCUUAGGGUUGCUACAGGAAUAGUCGAGCAGUCUGAGUCUGGAUCAACGCUGCGGUACGGCAGAAUCCUAGAGAAGAAGAUCGAUCUCUCCCUUGGAGGAAAGUGGUUGAGUGCCUGCGAAAAUCAUCACAGGUGUGGCCCUUUUCCUCCCCGCGGAGAGCAGCGGGGAUCUCAAGUCGCGUAUCUUCGGGUUAUUGACUUAAAGAAAUAUCGUCUCUAUACGUGUACCUCGGAAGUUGUUCGAUAUGCCGCUCUGAGCUACGUUUGGGGUGACUAUACAUAUGCCAAGCUGGAUAACAGAACUAUUAAUAAAUACUUCAACGAAGGAGCUCUUGCACCAGAAAAAGUCACUCUACCACAAGCUAUUAUAGAUGCAAUGGAGGUAGCCCGAGGGGUCGGCCUCUAA